AUGAGCAGAGUAAAGAGGAAAAGCUUCUUUCCACCUCUUUUCUUAUUCCUUUUGGGAAUAUUAGCUCAAGCUAAAGGAUAUAGAGAAGAAACGUGUCUUGCUUCUUUCUUUCAUUUAUUCUUGCUUCUUUCUUUCAUUUAUUCUUGCUUCUUUUUGUCUUUCAUUCAUUCUUGCUUCUUUCUUUCAUUUAUUCUUGCUUCUUUCACUCAUUCAUUCAUUCUCGCUUCUUUCUUUCUCACUUUCAUUCAUUCUUGCUUCUUUCUUUCUCACUUUCAUUCAUCCUCGCUUCUUUCUCACUUUCAUUCAUUUUGCUUGUUUCUUUCAUUCUUUUUGCUCCUUUCUUCUUGCUUCUUUCAUUCUCCUAGCUUCUUCUUACUUUACACUUCCUUCGUACAUCUUUUUGUUCUUCCUUUCCAUUUCUUUAUCCUUUUCUAUCUAUUCUCCUUUUCUUUCUCUUUCUAUUAUGCCUUUUCCCUUCUUUUCUAUCUAUUCUUCCCUCUCUCUCUUUUCCUCACUUCCUAUCUUUUCCCCCCUCCUUCUUUCCGUUACACUCUGCUUCUUCCGUCUGAGGUUCACUUGAUACAAAUAUUGUUUUUCCUCCAACCAAUUUUUCAUUUUUUUCCCUUCCAGUUACGCACCUCCUUUUAG